AUGGCAAAGAAUAAUUGCCAUGGUUGUACAAAGUUGGAGGAGCACAUUAUUUUAGCAAGAGAGAUAAAGAGACACAAAGAGGAAGUUAACGCUCUAAAGUAUGAAAUGUCAGAUGAAGCGCUGCAACAAAUGCCAGAUUUUCAAGGCCGGAAUAAACUCAUUUCAGAUAUUUAUCAUUUCAGAUUGUACAACACAGCAAUAAGACUGGGCGAGCUUCAAGGCCACUUCAAAGUUCAAAUAAAUCCGGAGGAGUAUGCCCGAGAGAAUCUCAAGUUUGGUCUUGUUGAAGUCGUUUAUGAGUGGGCCAAGGGCACUCCAUUUGCAGAUAUUUGUGAACUUACAGAUGUUCCUGAAGGCAUGAUAGUGCGGACCAUUGUCAGACUUGAUGAGACGUGCCGUGAAUUCAAAAAUGCUGCAUCUAUUAUGGGUAAUUCUGCUCUGUACAAGAAAAUGGAAACCGCUUCAAAUGCAAUAAAGCGUGAUAUUGUAUUUGCGGCCAGCUUAUACGUCACCGGAGUUUAA